CCUUUCAAAGAUGGCCGCCCUGUUGUUUUGAUGAAUAAUACUUGGUGGGGCGAGGGGGUACGAGUAGGGGUGGCGGGGUAGGAGGAUUUACUCUUCCAGCCAGAGCAUCGCGAGUCCCGUUCUGCCCCUCCCCCCUGCCCGGGCUCCGGCGUGGAGGCGGGGCGUGGCCGGCCUGCUUUGGGAGGGGAGGGGCUUCCCUCUUCAGAGCUGGGCUCUGCCUGGGCGGCUCUGGGGUCGCCUUACCUCGGGGCAUCCACUCUGCAGUCGAACAGUUCCCGCCAGGGGCAAAGGGUAGGAAGGAGAGCAGGAUCUGCUGGAGGAAGCGCAGCUGCCGCGCUACCACCACGAAGACACAGCAAGCUCGGGGCACGAGACGAGCUGGUGAACGAGCUCUCUAGUCUGGGUAACCUGGGAAGCAGAGGGUAGUAAGUGGCGCCUUAAGAUAACCCUGUAGCAGCAGCAGUGGCAGCCAGAGGAGGCUGCUCAGGGCUCAAGCAGCUGUAGGAGCCUCUGGGGCGAGUGGAGUGACCGACGCCAAGGCAGUUCAGUGCCUCUCGUGUUCUUAUUUUUUAACCUCUGACUAUGCAAUUCUGAAACCUCCCCCAUUCGGGGGACCAGACAACCCGAUAGACACCUUCCACUCUCCUCCCGCCCUGGUCUCAAGAGCAGAAGGAUCUCUCCCUAAAGCCUUUCACCAUUAAGAGGAAAGCGAUGGAGGAGCUGAGCGCUGAUGAGAUCCGACGGAGGCGCCUUGCACGACUUGCUGGUGGACAGACCUCCCAGCCGACCACCCCACUCACCUCUCCCCAGAGGGAGAACCCUCCGGGGCCUCCUAUAGCAGCAUCAGCCCCAGGCCCCUCCCAGAGUCUUGGUCUCAAUGUCCACAACAUGACCCCAGCUACCUCCCCAAUAGGUGCAUCAGGAGUAGCCCAUCGAAGCCAGAGCAGUGAAGGAGUCAGUUCUCUCAGCAGCUCGCCCUCCAAUAGCCUUGAAACACAAUCUCAGUCUCUGUCACGUUCCCAGAGCAUGGAUAUUGACAGUGUCUCUUGUGAGAAAAGCAUGUCCCAGGUGGAUGUGGAUUCAGGAAUUGAAAAUAUGGAGGUUGAUGAAAAUGAUCGAAGAGAAAAAAGGAGCCUCAGUGAUAAGGAGCCUUCAUCAGGUUCUGAAGUGUCUGAAGAACAGGCCUUACAGCUGGUCUGUAAGAUCUUUCGUGUCUCCUGGAAGGACCGGGACAGAGAUGUCAUCUUUCUUUCUUCUCUUUCUGCACAAUUUAAGCAGAACCCAAAAGAAGUGUUCUCUGAUUUUAAGGACUUGAUUGGCCAGAUUUUAAUGGAAGUGCUAAUGAUGUCCGCUCAGACCAGAGAUGAAAACCCAUUUGCCAGUCUGACAGCCACAUCACAGCCAAUUGCAGCGGCAGCUCGGUCACCAGACAGAAAUCUCAUGCUAAAUACUGGCUCCAAUCCAGGAACAAGCCCCAUGUUCUGCAGUUUGGGUUCCUUCAGUGCCAGCUCUUUGUCUAGUUUGGGAGCCUCUGGUGGGGCAAGUACCUGGGAUUCCUACAGUGACCAUUUCACCAUUGAGACCUGCAAGGAGACAGAUAUGCUGAACUACCUCAUCGAGUGUUUUGACCGAGUUGGAAUAGAGGAAAAAAAAGCACCAAAGAUGUGCAGCCAGCCAGCAGUCAGCCAGCUUCUGAGCAACAUCCGCUCACAGUGCAUAUCCCACACUGCAUUAGUACUACAAGGUUCUCUCACACAACCAAGGUCCAUGCAGCAGCCGUCCUUCCUGGUGCCGUAUAUGCUGUGUAGGAAUCUCCCAUACGGCUUCAUUCAAGAACUGGUGAGAACCACGCACCAGGAUGAAGAAGUGUUCAAGCAGAUCUUUAUCCCCAUUUUACAAGGCCUGGCUCUUGCUGCCAAAGAGUGCUCCCUCGAUAGUGACUACUUUAAAUACCCCCUCAUGGCUUUAGGUGAGCUCUGCGAAACCAAGUUUGGGAAGACACACCCGGUGUGCAAUUUGGUUGCGUCUUUGCCACUGUGGUUGCCUAAAUCCUUAAGCCCUGGCUCUGGGCGGGAGCUGCAGAGACUCUCUUAUCUGGGGGCUUUCUUCAGCUUCUCAGUCUUUGCGGAAGAUGAUGCUAAAGUGGUUGAAAAAUAUUUCUCAGGGCCUGCCAUUACCCUGGAGAACACUCGCGUGGUUAGCCAAUCACUGCAGCAUUACUUGGAGCUGGGAAGGCAAGAGCUUUUCAAGAUUCUGCAUAGUAUUUUGUUAAAUGGUGAAACCCGUGAGGCUGCUCUUGGUUACAUGGCAGCUUUCGUCAAUGCCAAUAUGAAGAAAGCACAGAUGCAGACAGAUGAUAGACUGGUGUCUACAGAUGGAUGUAUGCUGAAUUUUCUUUGGGUGCUGCAGCAGCUAAGUACAAAGAUCAAGUUAGAGACAGUCGACCCCACGUAUAUUUUCCACCCAAGGUGUCGGAUCACUCUGCCCAACGAUGAGACGAGAGUGAACGCAACAAUGGAGGAUGUGAACGACUGGCUGACUGAACUCUAUGGAGAUCAGCCUCCUUUUUCUGAGCCGAAAUUCCCUACAGAAUGCUUCUUUCUUACCCUGCAUGCCCACCACCUGUCUAUUCUGCCGAGUUGCCGUCGCUAUAUCCGAAGACUCCGGGCCAUCCGGGAGCUCAAUAGAACUGUGGAAGAUUUGAAAAAUAAUGAAAGCCAGUGGAAAGAUUCCCCACUGGCAACUAGACACCGCGAAAUGCUGAAGCGCUGCAAAACUCAGCUUAAGAAACUGGUACGAUGCAAGGCCUGUGCUGACGCUGGUUUACUUGACGAGAGCUUCCUGAGAAGAUGUCUGAAUUUUUAUGGCCUUCUCAUUCAGCUGUUGCUCCGCAUCCUGGACCCUGCCUACCCCGAUGUAACACUGCCUUUAAAUUCAGACGUCCCCAAGGUAUUUGCAGCAUUGCCUGAGUUUUAUGUAGAAGAUGUUGCUGAAUUUUUAUUUUUUAUUGUACAAUACUCUCCUCAGGUGCUUUAUGAGCCCUGUACUCAGGAUAUUGUAAUGUUCCUCGUUGUGAUGUUGUGCAACCAGAACUACAUCCGAAAUCCAUAUCUCGUGGCCAAACUGGUAGAAGUCAUGUUUAUGACCAACCCUGCUGUUCAGCCACGAACCCAGAAGUUUUUUGAAAUGAUUGAGAACCAUCCUCUCUCCACCAAAUUGUUGGUCCCUUCCCUGAUGAAGUUUUAUACAGAUGUUGAGCAUACUGGAGCCACCAGCGAGUUCUAUGACAAGUUCACCAUUCGCUAUCACAUUAGCACAAUUUUUAAAAGCCUUUGGCAAAACAUAGCUCACCACGGCACCUUUAUGGAGGAGUUCAAUUCUGGGAAGCAGUUUGUUCGCUAUAUAAACAUGCUGAUAAAUGACACGACGUUUUUGCUCGAUGAAAGUCUGGAGUCUCUGAAGCGGAUCCACGAAGUGCAAGAAGAGAUGAAGAACAAAGAGCAGUGGGACCAGCUGCCCCGGGAUCAGCAGCAGGCCCGUCAGUCUCAGCUUGCUCAGGACGAGCGUGUUUCGCGCUCCUAUCUUGCCCUGGCAACAGAAACCGUGGACAUGUUCCAUAUCCUCACGAAGCAGGUCCAGAAGCCGUUCCUCAGACCAGAACUUGGACCCCGAUUGGCUGCAAUGCUGAACUUUAAUCUUCAGCAACUCUGUGGUCCCAAGUGCCGUGAUCUGAAAGUGGAAAACCCUGAGAAAUACGGCUUUGAACCAAAGAAGCUGUUGGACCAACUGACGGAUAUUUACUUGCAGCUGGAUUGUGCCCGGUUUGCUAAAGCCAUUGCUGACGACCAGAGAUCCUACAGCAAAGAGUUGUUUGAAGAAGUUAUUUCAAAGAUGCGGAAGGCAGGGAUCAAAUCCACAAUAGCGAUAGAGAAGUUUAAACUUCUUGCUGAGAAAGUGGAGGAGAUAGUAGCCAAGAAUGCGCGCGCAGAGAUUGAUUACAGUGAUGCUCCAGACGAGUUCAGAGACCCUCUGAUGGACACCCUGAUGACUGACCCCGUACGGCUGCCCUCCGGCACCAUCAUGGACCGCUCCAUCAUCCUGCGACACUUGCUGAACUCCCCCACGGACCCCUUCAACCGACAGACGCUGACAGAGAGCAUGCUGGAACCAGUGCCAGAACUGAAAGAACAGAUUCACGCCUGGAUGAGAGAGAAGCAGAACAGUGACCAUUAAACCGUCCCCCUGGCCCACCCUCUGCUAGAAACGGCCCAGGCUGGCAAGGCGAACAGAAGCAGCAUCAGUGGUGAAAAUGCUGUUCCAGUGUUGGAGGCCAGAUGUGGCAAAAUACAGCGAGAGCCACCCAGAGUGACCAGACGGUGGAGAUCUGAAAGGACACGAAUGAGAGGAAGAGCCCAAGUCCUGUACAUAUAUUUAAGUGACAAAUGUGGUCAAAAGUUUGAGGGACAUAUUUUAUGAUUGCUUGUGUAGUAAAGCACGUCCUUCAUACGUCACAAUUUGGGGCUUUUGCAACGGAAGUCUUUUAAUAAUUGAUGACAAGUGGGUCUGGGCAGUAUCCCCUUCAUCUUUUUUUUUCUCUAAAUCCAAUAUCCGUUGAUUUGAUUGUGAUUAGAGAACCUUGGACGUUUUGCUGCUAAAGAAUUUUUCCCCUGCCCCUUCCUUCCUGACCCUACUUGCACUGCUGUGGAUUUUUUUAAGAGAAGCAAAAACAAAAAUAAACUCCUUCCCCUGGCCCUCCAAACAUAUAUUCUGUGAGAUAACUGUGCCUGCAACAAAGUGUUAAUCCUGGGAUCGUAUUUUUAUAUCAUAUUCACAUAUUUGUUUUUUUAAUUGGUGUUAGAUGACAUGAUUAAUAAAAAAGGCAAGAUAUUUUCAGAAUUUGAAUUUCAGUUUUUUUUUUUUUUUCUUUUGAAAUGUCCCUUUAAAAUUUUUUUAUUCUAAAUGAAAUGAAGAGAAUCCUGUUGCUCUGGUCCUUGUAAUAAGCCCUGUGUUAGGAAUCUAAGGAGCAGCUGCAACCAAGGAAGUGUUUAAGUAUAUCAGGAUUUAUGUGACUUAUGAUUUCUGGGGGGGAGGCAAGGGUUGGUUUUUUUAAUGCUCUGUGACAGUUCGAAACCUUUACAGUUAUCCUAUGAGGGUAAAUAAAUUCUUUAACUCUUGAGUCUGUGAGUUCAAGGCAGGGGUCAUUAGUUUGAUGUGUCCUUUGGGGCUUGGCCUUACCAAAGCAAAAAAGGGGUGUAAGAAAUGUGGAAGUAUGUCUGCUUGUAAAAACACAAACAGACAAACACACCCACACACACGCGCACAAACAUAAGACGUUUUGUAUUACUGCUCCCUACUUAACAUACUUGAAUUCUUGAAUUUCCUUUGGGGUAAAAACGGAUUUGAAACCAUAAAGUGUUUUGAAGAAAUUAAGUCUACAAAAACAUACUUUCUUUUUCUUUUCCUUUUUUCCCCCUCCACAGACAAUGUCCUCUGUUCAAUUCCUAACGCAAACUACAAUAAAUGGUGAUACACAUUCAGAA